AUGAAACCGGAUCCCGUUUCGAAUUGGAGUAUAAAAGGCAGAGACGUUGCGCAUCACGCCACGAGAAUGGGAAACCUAAUGGCUGGAUUCUCAGGGACCGAAUCACCCCACCUUCAAGAUUUAUCCGUCGAAGUGGAAGCUACGCAAAACGGUCGUUGUGAGGGUAAAAAACGCGAAUUGCAUUCGCUACUAGCUCCUAGUGAAUUCCGCGAACAGGGAUGCCGAAUGGUGAACUACAUCGCAGACUAUUUAGAGAGCACUGAUAAACUGAGAGUGUUUCCCACUGUUAAUCCGGGAUACUUGGCCCGCUUGAUACCAAAAGAGGCUCCAGAGGAACCUGAACCAUGGUCAAAGAUUAUGGAGGAUGUCAACCGUGUGAUAAUGCCCGGGAUAACGCACUGGCAACACCCUCGGUUUCAUGCCUAUUUUCCUUCCGGUACUUCCUGCCCUUCAAUGUGUGCUGACAUAUUGACCAAUGGGUUCGGAUGCAUUGGUUUCACAUGGAGAUUGGCUUUAGUCGUAAAAUGA